AUGGAGAUUGAGCACACAAUGAGGCAUUUCAAUGGGGUCGUCGGAACAGAUGCAUGGACAUUUCCAAGCUUUGUUACUCCAUUGGAGUUGCUAGCCUUUGAGGCCAUCCCAUGUCUGAAGAACAAAUACAGAGAAGAUGUUAGAGGAGCAGGGAGGGGUUGUCCCCGGAUGUGCAGGCAGAAGUUCCAACCAUUCACACUAAAAGGUUUUCCUUUGUCGGAACUCUAUGAAACACUGGGUAACACUAGGGUCAUCAAGAGUAUAUUGCAACCAUCCGAGGAUGAGGUAAUUAUGCUUGCGGGAGUCAUGGAGAGGAAUGAAGAGGAAAAUAUCGAAGCCGAUAUCUGGAAAGAGAUAUGCAAGAUCGAUGUUGAUGCCCGAGAUAAUAAGGAGUGGGUAAACCGUCCUGUAGCGGCUAAGCAUAAUGUGGGGACGGAGAAGGAGGCGCCUCUUGGAAUUGUGGAACAGCUUCAGAGCUUGCAGAAGAGUAUGGACGCUCAGUUUCUCCGAAUCAGUGCCCGAAUGGAUGGCUUUGAUACAAGACUCUGCUCUGUAGAACAAUAUGUAAAAGAGACAAGAAGAGAAAGGGAAGGACCAGGAGAUGAGGGAGGAGAAGUUUUUCGAAAUGAUGUAGAACAUGAACAUGAUCAAGCUGGAGAGAAACUUGAAAGUCUGGUGAAGAAGAAACAGUCGAAGAAGAAACAGCCGAAGCAUAAGGAGCCGGAGCAGAAGGAAGCGGAGCAGAAGGAAGCGGAGCAGAAGGAAGCGGAGCAGAAGGAGGUAGAACCAGACGGUGCUGACGGUGUGAACGCAGAAGUGGGUGCAGGUAAACGGAAACAAGAGCAAUCAAAGCUAGGGCCAAACACAAAGCAGAGACGUUAA